AUGGCCGCACCCUUCGAGGCUGUCCACCCGGAGUCCGAUGCAGAGGCGAAGACCUCUCCCCCGAGCUCCCGUGGCUGGAUGAAGAAGACAGCACUUGUGGCAACGCUGGGCCUGGGCGUCGUGGCUUUCCUGGCCAUGCCGGGCGCAAAGAAGUGUCAAUCCUUGGAUUUCGGUGCCUUCCAGGGAAAGUCCUCCUUGGGCGUGGAUGCGCAGAUGGCCCUGAAGGCCGACGCUCUGAAGAGCGUGAAGAAGCGCUCCCUGGCGGAGAAGAUCGUCAUGAAGGCCAUGAGGAGCACUGGCCACAAGUAUUCUCAGCACUACGAGCAGCAUGAGGUGCGGUCUUUGCCAGCAGAUCCGGCGGAUGCCGCGAGACAGAUGCUGACCAAGGACGAGAUCAUCGCCUACAAGAAGCAGAAGAAUGCAGACCGUAUGCGCAAGGCCACCAACGCCUACUGUGCUUUCAACGUUCUGGAGGCUUUUGUGUCGGUGGUUGGCAUGGGCGACGACAUCAACGCCAUCAUCAGGACCUGCCCUGCUCCCCGAGAUGGCGAGUCGGAGCUCGCAUGCCAAGUGAACGGUGCCAUUUUGGUGACCUGGGUGGCCAAUGCUGCGGCGAAGCUCUCUUACGCCGCCUCGAACUGCGCCCUCAAUCUCAACGUGGAUGCAGUGUGUUCCGUGGGCGUGACCGGCCUUGUCUCCGUGAUGGGUGAGCUGGCAGCGACCGCUUCCCUGGCUGCGGCCACGUGCACGGGUGUCCCGCCACAGCUGACCACCAGCAAGAUCAGCGUCCUCGGCGACCAGACCGUGCGGGAUGGACGACGACUGCUCAUCGGUGAGGGUCCGAUUGGCGUGGGCGUGCAGUGCGGGGUUGACGUCGGCAUGGUGGUCGCCAACCUUGCCAACAUGGGCCUUUCCAUCAACUCCGCGGUGAACAGCGGCCAAUGCGGCCGCGUCAACCUCGACGGGCCCAUCAACAAGGUCUCCGGCCUCUACAGCGCACUGUGUACGGUGGACAUCGGCGGUGCGAUCGCCUACAUGAGCCAGGUGGUCACAUUCAUCAACUUGAUUGUGGUCCAUUGCCAGGACUUCUUGGACGUGAGCGCGCUCUGUGGCGCAAGCAUCUCCGGCAUCAUCACUGCUGCGGCCGCCAUGGCCCCUUAUGGUGCCGCAGUGCAUGCGGCCUGCGCCAAGGGCAGCAUCCUCAAGAACCCCAAGAAGGCGGAGGCCAUCAGCAGCCUCUACACGGUGCCCACGCCCCGCCGCUUGGAGGAGCUGAAGCAGCUGAAUGCGGUCAAGGAUGCCAUGGCCAACCUCAAGGACCUCCGACAGCAGUUGGAGGCCAAGCUUGGCUUCAACGCUUCGGUGCCGACCAUGUACUCCGAGGCGAACAUGGAGCAGAUGAUCCAACUCAUGGACGACGGCGUGGGUGACAACACCGAGAAGUCCAUGCGCGGGUCCCCGGUCUUCUCCGAGGAUGACUUGCUCUUCACCUCUUCCAGCGAAGACAAGCUUCGCAAGGGGGUCGGCAAGUUGGCGAAGACCUCUCCCCCGAGCUCCCGUGGCUGGAUGAAGAAGACAGCACUUGUGGCAACGCUGGGCCUGGGCGUCGUGGCUUUCCUGGCCAUGCCGGGUGCAAAGAAGUGUCAAUCCUUGGAUUUCGGUGCCUUCCAGGGAAAGUCCUCCUUGGGCGUGGAUGCGCAGAUGGCCCUGAAGGCCGACGCUCUGAAGAGCGUGAAGAAGCGCUCCCUGGCGGAGAAGAUCGUCAUGAAGGCCAUGAGGAGCACUGGCCACAAGUAUUCUCAGCACUACGAGCAGCAUGAGGUGCGGUCUUUGCCAGCAGAUCCGGCGGAUGCCGCGAGACAGAUGCUGACCAAGGACGAGAUCAUCGCCUACAAGAAGCAGAAGAAUGCAGACCGUAUGCGCAAGGCCACCAACGCCUACUGUGCUUUCAACGUUCUGGAGGCUUUUGUGUCGGUGGUUGGCAUGGGCGACGACAUCAACGCCAUCAUCAGGACCUGCCCUGCUCCCCGAGAUGGCGAGUCGGAGCUCGCAUGCCAAGUGAACGGUGCCAUUUUGGUGACCUGGGUGGCCAAUGCUGCGGCGAAGCUCUCUUACGCCGCCUCGAACUGCGCCCUCAAUCUCAAUGUGGAUGCAGUGUGUUCCGUUGGCGUGACCGGCCUUGUCUCCGUGAUGGGUGAGCUGGCAGCGACCGCUUCCCUGGCUGCGGCCACGUGCACGGGGGUCCCGCCGCAGCUGACCACCAGCAAGAUCAGCGUCCUUGGCGACCAGACCGUGCGGGAUGGACGACGACUGCUCAUCGGUGAGGGCCCGAUUGGCGUGGGCGUGCAGUGCGGGGUUGACGUCGGCAUGGUGGUCGCCAACCUUGCCAACAUGGGCCUUUCCAUCAACUCCGCGGUGAACAGCGGCCAAUGCGGCCGCGUCAACCUCGACGGGCCCAUCAACAAGGUCUCCGGCCUCUACAGCGCACUGUGUACGGUGGACAUCGGCGGUGCGAUCGCCUACAUGAGCCAGGUGGUCACAUUCAUCAACUUGAUUGUGGUCCAUUGCCAGGACUUCUUGGACGUGAGCGCGCUCUGUGGCGCAAGCAUCUCCGGCAUCAUCACUGCUGCGGCCGCCAUGGCCCCUUAUGGUGCCGCAGUGCAUGCGGCCUGCGCCAAGGGCAGCAUCCUCAAGAACCCCAAGAAGGCGGAGGCGAUCAGCAGCCUCUACACGGUGCCCACGCCCCGCCGCUUGGAGGAGCUGAAGCAGCUGAAUGCGGUCAAGGAUGCCAUGGCCAACCUCAAGGACCUCCGACAGCAGUUGGAGGCCAAGCUUGGCUUCAACGCUUCGGUGCCGACCAUGUACUCCGAGGCGAACAUGGAGCAGAUGAUCCAACUCAUGGACGACGGCGUGGGUGACAACACCGAGAAGUCCAUGCGCGGGUCCCCGGUCUUCUCCGAGGAAGAGUGCGACGAGUAG